UGUCGGCCAACAUCCGCAGCUGUUUUAUAAUAGUGAAGGUGGCAGUGCAGCCCGUGCAGAUUAAAACUUAUUUUAUUCCGGGUUUUUUUGUUUUUUAGUUUCAUCCACUUCGUUGUCGCGUGCCAAAAUGUCCCGCGUGUUGAUAGUCGGUGCAGGUCUGACCGGAAGCCUGUGCGCGUGCCUGCUGAGGAGAGAGUUGAAGAAUAAAGUGAAGAUCGUGGUGUGGGACAAAGCGAGGGGCUCAGGCGGCAGGAUGUCCACGUCUCGCUCUCCUGACGGCUCGUCUCACUCCGCCGACCUGGGAGCUCAGUACAUCACCGCCACGCCGGCCUACAGCCAAUCACACCACAGUUUCUACGCGGAGCUGCAGGCCUCGGGGCUCCUGCAGCCGCUCCUCGCUCCCAUCGAGGGCCUGAAGCAGCGGGAAGGCAGCGUUGACUACGUGACGCCACGCGGCACGGCGUCUAUUGUCAAGCACUUCCUGUCUGAGUCAGAAGCUGAUUUGUGCUUUGAGCAUCAUGUGACUGGCCUGUACCGCCGCGGUGCAUCAUGGGAGGUCCACAGGAAGGCGGGCGGGUCAGAGGAGUUUGACGCCGUCGUCCUCACGAUGCCCGUCCCGCAGAUCCUGCAGCUGCAGGGAGACCUGACCGAGCUGCUGUCUGUCUCUCAGCGGCAGCAGUUAGACGGGGUGCAGUACUCGUCUCGCUUCGCGUUGGCGCUCUUCUUCUCUCCCGACGUGCAGCUGCAGCUUCCCUGGGCGGCACGCUACGUCAGCGACAGCGACUGCAUCCGCUACGUUGCCCACGACGCCCGCAAACGCAACGCGGACGCGGCGGGCUGUGGCCCCUCCCUCGUCGUGCACACCGGCGUGCCGUUCGGCCUGCAGCACCUGGAGAGAGACAAGGACGAGGUUCAGCCAAUCAUCUUGCAGGAGCUCUACCGGCUGCUUCCCGCUCUGCCGCAGCCAAUCAGCAUCAAGUGUCAGAAGUGGCGCUACUCGCAGGUGCUGACGGCGGUGCCGGGCUGCCCGGGUCACAUGACCGUCCUCGCCGAGCCGCUGCUGGUGUGCGGCGGCGACGCCUUCAGCCACUCCAACUUCGACGGCUGCGUGGAGUCGGCGCUCAGCGUGCUGGACGUCCUGAAGGGCUCGCUGUGAGGGGGCGGGGCCUGAAGGGCUCGCUGUGAGGGGGCGGGGCCUGAAGGGGCUCGCUGUGAGGGGGCGGGGCCUCUCUGUCUGGACAGGAAGAAAACUGCAACUUUUUUUUCUUUUUUUUUUUUUGGCUUAAAAAUAAAAAGGGAGGGAGGCGGAGCUUGGCUCCCGUGGCAACCUGCAUGAAGUGAUGAUGUCACAUGUCCAGCGGCUGUGAUUGGCCGACAUGUUGCUGUGAUGCUGAUCUGAGGUCAGGAGCUGUCAGGACCGAUCAGAGCCCUUCCUGGUUUCCGUGGUGCUCGUCGUCAUGGAGACGCAUCACCAGUGAAUUCAGUUUGUUUUCGUUUUAACAGAAAACUUUAAUUGAGUUUGACGGCGGUGCGUUCAGGCGUCAGGUCGCCAGUCGGGAAGUCGCAGUGUUCGGUCAGACCGCUUCCUGUUUCCUGUCCUGCAGAGCGGAGGGGGCGGAGCCUGAGGAUAAAUGAAUGAAAGCUUUUGUAUCGACUGUAGCUGGUUUGUUGAUUGACUUAUUGAUUAAUUGAUGAUGUGAUCACUCUGACAGCCAAUCACAGCUCGUCAGGCCAGCUGGAGUCUGUUAGUGAUGAAGAUGAAGACGAUGAUGAAGAUGAUGCUCCUCAGCGACUCUUUAAGGCUCAUUUACAUUAAAUAACAUAAAAUUAAAUGAUUAUUUUAUUGAUUUAGUUUAAUAUUUUUGUGAUGAUUGUCUAGUAACUUUCUCCCUCAUUUUUUUCUAAUAUUCUGAUCAUUUGUAGGUACAUUUCUUUUUUUUUUUUUUAAUUUAAUCAUUUAUUUACUUAUGUUGUUCUUUACAAGUUUAACAGUGAUAAGUUUAUGAAGAUUUUUUUUUUUACUACUUCGUCAUUUUGUGAUCAUUUCUUUAAGGAAAUCAAGUAAUUUUUUUCAGAUUUAAAAGAAAAAACCCUGAUAAUAUUAGAAAACAGUUCACUAGUGACGGUUAGAUUAUUUUUUU